AUGGACCUGAAUCGCGACAAUCCGGGCACCGCCUCCGAGAUCGCGAGCCGCGCGCUGCGCCACAGGCGCGAGCUGCAGGCCGACCGCGCCUCGGUCCUGGGCCUGCUGCUGAACAAGGUCCCCCUCGCCGCCCACGCCGACAUCGUGUCGGGCGUCGCUGCCGAGCUGGCGGACUCCGGCCUGACCUUUGCGGGCGGCAUCCCCUACGACCGCAUCAUCGGCACCGCAAGGGUGAACGAGUUUGCAAACGCACUGGGCGCCAAGCAGAUAUACGGCCGCCCCGAGCUCAUCGACUCUGGUGUGUGGGGAGGACGUGAGGACAAUCGUUUUGGGGGUAGAUCGGUGCACGGCUUCCUGGACAAGCUGGAGGCGAUCCGCGCGCAGCGCGAGGCGGAGGGCCAGACCUUCUUCCGACCCCUGGUGCUGACCACCAAGGACCGCCAGGACCUGGUGCUGGGCCUGGCGGCGGCCAGCCUGUCCGGCGCCUGCCCGCCCCUGGGCGGCCUGGUGCUGUGCGAUGGCGGGGCGUGCGCCAUCACCCCCCCGGUCCACGCCAUCAUGGCGCGGCUGGGCCCCGACACGCUGCCGGUGCUGGAGGUGCCGCACGGCGCGUUCGAGACCGCGCGGCGCAUGGCGCGCGUGAACCCGGGCAUCCUGCCCACCUCGGUGCGCAAGGUGCGCGAGGCUCGCGCUCUGUUCGGGCGGCACGUGGACGUCGACGCUGUGGCCUCGGGUAUGGCGGUGCACCGCGAGCCGCGCCUGACGCCCAAGCGCUUCCCGGGGGAGGUGGCCGCCGCGGCGGCGCGCUUCAACGUGGACGUGUCGCGCUGCGAGGUGGAGGACCACCGCUCCUCGACGCGCCUCGACGCCUACGCCGACUUCCUGGUGGAGGCGCGGAAGAAAAAGGCGCUCACGAAGGCGGCGGCCCUGGACCAGCUCACCGACAUCAACAUGUUUGGCACAAUCAUGGUGGCAAUGGGGGACGCGGACGGCAUGGUGUCUGGCGCCACCUGCACCACGGCCAACACCAUCCGCCCCGCGCUCCAGGUGCUGAAGACCCCCGACCGCCGCCUCAUCUCCUCCGUCUUCUUCAUGUGCCUCCCCGACCGCGUCCUGGUCUACGGCGACUGUGCGGUGAACGUGGAGCCGACCGCGGCGGAGCUGGCCCAGAUCGCCACCACCUCCGCCGACACCGCCGCGGCCUUUGGCGUGGAGCCCCGUGUGGCCAUGCUCUCCUAUUCCACACUGGGGUCGGGCGCCGGGCCGCAGGUGGACCUGGUGACGGAGGCCACCGCGCUGGCGCGCGCCGCGCGCCCCGACCUGGCCAUCGAGGGGCCCAUCCAGUACGACGCGGCGGUGGACCCGGGCGUGGCCGCCACCAAGGUCAAGGGGCGGUCCGAGGUGGCGGGGCGGGCCACUGUGUGCGUGUUCCCGGACCUCAACACGGGGAACAACACGUACAAGGCGGUGCAGCAGUCCACGGGGGCCAUCGCCAUCGGGCCACUCAUGCAGGGCCUGGCCAGGCCCGUGAAUGACCUCAGCCGCGGGUGCACCGUGGCAGACAUCGUCAACACCGUGGCCUGCACCGCGGUGCAGGCGGCAGGGCUCAAGGCGGCCGCCCAGCAGGCGACCUCCGCCGCUGCAGCGGCGUGA